AUGGACAGAGGUCCAGAAGGAGAAUCGAGGCGGCAGAACAGGCAGCGUUUAAACCCGAAGCUGGAACACACUGACUCCUUGCAUGCCGUGAAGGGGCCGGCAGAAGCUAGAGAAGUCUACAUGACUGCAGCAGGAAUAUUAGGAGGAACAUAUCUCAUUGGUAUCACUGCCCUUCUUAUUGGUGUGAGAGAAAUACAUGAUCCUUACAGCUUAAAGUUGGAGAGAAAAGUCUCUUUCUUUAAGGGACAUGGGCUCACAAUGAAGAGUAGACCAUAUCUGACAUUUACAGCAGCAUUUUUCUUGAUCUCAGCAGCAGUUCAGAUAGAACAAGGCAAUUUUGUCCUCUUUUGUACUCAUGCAGCCGGUCUUCGCAACCACUUUCAGACACUGGUGCUGAUCAUCUUGGUCUCAGCAGUGCUAGGCAUUCCAUUGUGGCAAAAGUUUCUGAAGCACUUUGGCAAAAAGACUGCCACAUGUGGGAUAUCCUGGAUGAUUCCUUUUGUGAUCAUGCUGGUGACCAUCCCAAACCUUAUCCUUGCCUACGUGACGGCUUUUGUAUCUGGCCUGAGCAUUGCAGCCUCUAUGCUGUUGCCAUGGUCCAUGUUGCCUGAUUUAGUUGACCACUUCCGAGUGCAGCAUCCACAUUCAACAGGGCACGAAACCAUCUUUUAUUCUUCAUAUGUGUUUUUUCAUAAGAUAUCAGCUGGCAUUGGAUUGGGAAUUUCUUCUUUGAGUCUAGAAUUUGCAGGUUUCCAGUCAGGGGUAUGCAAACAGCCCCAAAGUGUUGCUACCAUGCUGAAAAUCUUGAUUGCUGCAGUCCCAGCCACCCUCAUAUCCACAGGCUUGUUCAUACUCCUGUUCUAUCCAAUCACUGAGAAGAGCCGAAAGGAAACUAAAUUUGCCCUUGAAAAUCUAAGACACAGCUUCCAGGGGUCCGGCACAGGUGCCGACGCACGGCUGGUUUCAGGGACCUUCAUCGAGCAAACUCUGUGAAACAUUCUUUCAGCCUGGCCAUUUCAGCCACAUUCGGGGCCAGGACCCACAUACACUGCUUCCAGGGGGCCGACACAAGUGCCAACGUAGGGCUGGUAUCACGGGCCCUUGUCAAGCAAACUGCGCAUUUGGAAGCAUUCUGCCAACCUGCCCAUUUUGGCCACUAUCGGGGCUGCAACCCGUGGAUGAGCGUCGCAUGCUGAUUUUUGACAUUUCAGACAGAUUUUGCUUGCCUUCCUCUGACACCCCUUCCAGGGGUCGGGCACCUGUGCUGACCCACACCUGGUUUCAGGGGCCCUCCCUGAGCAAACGCUGUGAAUUUCGAAGCAUUCUGCCAGCCUGCCUAUUUUGGCCACUUUUGGGGCCGUGACCCACAGGUAAGCAUCACGGACCAAAACGAGGUUUCCUGGCAUGACUUUGAUGAUUGGUAUGUGAUUAGGAUGGGCAGAUAUGAUGAGCUGCACAGUAAAAGCUACUCCAGGAGGGAUUUUACAAAUUGCCUCCUUUGCAGUGGAACUUUUCCCUAUAUUAGGGUUAGGGGAUUGCAGCAAGCAAGGGUUAGAAAAAUGAGGUGUAUUCGUAUGAGUUUGAAGACUGUAAUGUGAUUAAUAUGGGCAGAAAUGAAGAGCUGUACACAAAAAUUUACUUAAGGAUGUAUAUUUUAAAAUUGCCUACUUUGCAGUAGAACAUUCCCCAAUAUUAGGAUUAUGGGUAGCACCAAGCUAGGGUUAGGGUUGGAAAAGCAAGGUGUCCUGCUAUGUUAUUGAU